AUGGCCGGCCAAGCGGCAGGGACCCGCACCUCGAGGCGCUCAUCAGCCGGGCGCUGCCCACCAUCCACCGCUGCAUCCUCUUCGACUCCGACGGCGGCGGCGUCGACUUCCUCAGCGGCGUCCCCGGCGAGCAUCUCGGGUCCCACCGAUCGUGCCAGGGACCCUCAUCUCGACGCGCUCAUCAGCAGCGCGCUCUCCACCAUCCACCGCGCCCUUCCAUCCCCGUCUGUCUCUGUCGGCGGCCGCCUCUGCGCCCUCCCCGACGCACCCGACGGCGGUGGCCCCGACCGCCUCAGCUGCCUCCCCGACGCGCUCCUCCGCGACAUCAUCUCGCGCCUCCCCGUCAAGGACGCCGUGCGCACCGCCGCGCUGUCCCACCGCUGGCGCCCAGUCUGGCUCUCCGCCCCUCUCGUCCUCUACGACGCCCACCUCCUCCCGGCGCCCACGGACGACAUCCCGAGCCGCGUCAAGCGCGCCGACUCCGACGCCGCCGCUGCCGCCGUCUCCGUCAUCCUCGCCGCGCACGGCGGCCCGCUCCGCUGCGCCUACCUCGCCUGCGGCAACAUGGACGGAGACCGCGCCCGCGUCGCGCGGUGGCUCCAGCUCCUCGCUGUCAAGGGCGUCGAGGAGCUCCUCCUCAUCAACCGCCCGCCGCUGCAGAUCGACAAGCACCUCCCCGCCACGCUCUUCAGCAUGGCGGCGCUGACGCGGCUCUACCUCUGCUUCCUGAGGUUCCCCGCGACGGCCGGCCUCCCGCGCGGCGCCGCGUUCCCCCGCCUCCGCGAGCUCGGCCUCUGCAGCGUCGCCAUGGAAGGCCACGCCGACAUGGACUUCAUCCUCGCCAGGAGCCCCGAGCUGGAGAACCUCUGCUUCGAGGGUCACAUGUUCCCGCCGCUGGGCCUCCGCCUCGCCGGCCGCAGCCUCCGGUGCGUGCAGAUCCACUACUCCAAGGUGAAGAGCAUCGCCGUCGUCGACGCCCCGCGCCUCGCGCGGCUCAUCGUCAUGAACUCGCCCCUCAAGGCUGGGGGCUCGUGCACCAUCAAGAUCGGCAACGCGCCGUCGCUGCAUCUGUUUGGGUACUUCGAUCCAGUUAGCCACGUGUUACAGGUCGGCAGCACCGACAUCAAGGCUGGGACAUUGGUUGAUGCAAGGGCCAUGGUCCCGGCUGUCAAGAUCCUGGCCUUGAAAUUUCACUUCCGGGUCCGGAAUGAUGCCAAGAUGCUGCCCAGCUUCCUCAGAUGCUUCCCCAACGUCGAGAGGCUGUAUAUUCAUUCCGAGAAAGUGAACGAACCCACGGGCAAGCUCAACUUCAAGUUCUGGCAGGAGGCCGGCGGCAUCCAGUGCGUGGAGUCGCGCGUCAAGCAGCUGGUGUUCCAUGAUUUCCGGGGGGAGAACAGCGAGCUGGCCUUCCUCAAGUUCUUGGUCGAGAGCGCGCGCGUGCUGGAGAAGCUCGUGAUCGUGUGCGCCGAUGGGUGUUUCGGUUCUGUGGACGAGGCCAAUUCGAAGGUGAAGAAGAACCUGUUCGCUGGGAAAAAGGGCGCCGGAGGCUGCGCGCUGCUGGUACUGGAGGGUGCCAAGGAGAAAGAAGGGGCACCUUGGCCCUACGAUAGAGGCUUCGACUUCUCUCGUGUCGACCCGUUUGAGUUCGUCGUGCCAACUUAA